CAAUCAAACCACAGCCGUGCUCGCUAAUGGGUCAGGAGAGAGUGUCUUUUAAUCCUCGUCUGUGGCGAUAUCUGCUGCUGAACACCUCCAGAAACCACCACCCGUCUCGCUUCGGGACUCCUCCCCGCUGCGGCCGGACUUCCCUGCGUGUUUUCGCUCCGCGGUCCAGUACACCAUGGUAUUUGCAAUUGGACGUUGAGACGGUCAACGGAACGCUGGUGGAAUAAAAGGGUGUUUCCGCCAACAUCUGCUGCUUCGAUGUGAUUUCCAGCCACUGAAAACAUGAUCUCUGGAAAGCAUUUCAAGGCUCAUGAAGUCAGCUGCUGCAUCAAAUAUUUCAUUUUCGGAUUCAACAUCAUAUUUUGGUUCCUUGGAGUGGCGUUUCUGGCCAUCGGGUUGUGGGCCUGGAGCGAGAAGGGAGUUCUGUCCAACAUCUCGUCCAUCACUGACCUCGGGGGCUUCGAUCCCGUCUGGCUCUUCCUGGUGGUCGGGGGAGUGAUGUUCAUCCUGGGGUUCGCUGGCUGCAUUGGGGCGCUGCGAGAGAACUCCUUCCUGCUCAAAUUUUUCUCUGUUUUCCUGGGCAUCAUCUUCUUCCUGGAGCUAACUGCUGGAGUCCUGGCCUUUGUCUUCAAAGACUGGAUCAAAGACCAGCUCAACUUCUUCAUCAACAACAACAUCCGGGCCUACAGGGACGACAUCGACCUGCAGAACCUCAUCGACUUCACGCAGGAAUACUGGGAGUGCUGUGGAGCUUUCGGCGCAGACGACUGGAACUUGAACAUUUAUUUCAACUGCACGGAUUCGAACCCGAGUCGAGAGAAGUGCGGCGUGCCGUUUUCCUGCUGCACCAAAGAUCCUGCGGAGGAUGUCAUCAACACCCAGUGUGGAUACGACAUCCGAGCCAAAACGGACUCCGAGCAGAGGAUGUUCAUCUACAUCAAAGGCUGCGUGCCGCAGUUUGAGAAGUGGCUGCAGGACAACCUGACGGUGGUGGCGGGAAUCUUCAUCGGCAUCGCGCUGCUGCAGAUUUUCGGCAUCUGCUUAGCACAGAAUCUUGUGAGCGACAUUGAAGCUGUCAGAGAAAGUUGUUUGUUCACCUAAAAUUGCCUCAGUAUGGGAAGCGCAGCCGAUUAUGCAAGGAGCCUUCACUCUGGAUGCCGGGAGCCAAGACAAUACAUCAGCGACCACGAGAAAGAGCCUCAGGUGCAUGUACAUAUGACCGUCUGUGUUAUUUUGUCCCACAUUACGAACGACGCUCAGCCUGAGCAGGUGAUGUAAAACUGUAAAUAGCAGUGUGCUGGAGCAGAGAUGGCGUCGAGUGGAGUGACAAGGAUUGAAGCGCAGCUUUCAAAGUUGCCUGUUUUUGGGUCGUGUACAGCCUCUGGAAAUGCACUGCAUGACUUUUGUCUACAUGUCACCAAUCUGCUCUCACAGCUGUGACCGAGAAUAUUUGUUGAAAAUGUAGUAAAGCAGCUGUUUAGCACUUUGUAAAACAUGGAAUGAUACAUGAGUUAGAGCUACAGACUUGACCGGCUAGGAUAUUGUACAGUGACACACUGUUUGUAUUUACUCUGGGAGUCUGAGCAACUUAAACUACUCACUCUGUUAUUUUGUGUGAAGAGAUCUCGGCAUGUUCAUGAAGACUUAGAAGCACUUUAAUCACCAUGCAGUUGCACAUAAUGUCCACCAGGUGCUGCGAUUUCUCUUUCCUGAGCGGUGAAAUGUCUACAAACGCCCAAAGGAAACGUAUUUUUGCUCACUUCAUGCGCUCAACAAAACGCUUUCAGUGCCAUUUCUUGCACAUUGUGUUUUCUUGUGUAUACUUUGGUUGUUCUCUGUGCGUCUUAUAUGUUGACAUCUGCCAAAUCCGUGACACCUGGUUGGAUAUUUUUACCUUUCUCCACUGGAUGAUCAAAGCUAUUUGAUAGCACAAUGGAGUAACAGGAUACAGAAGUAUCUUUGCUUUGCUUUGUUAACAUCAAACGGAGCCUUAUUAUUUAACGUGAUCUAUGUAGCGUGCUGUUUCAGCUCUCCGCAUUUCGAUUUCCGCCUACUUUUAUUUAAUUUCCAGUGAUUACAUUGAGGGGAGAAAUGUAAAUCAUGUAUAUAAAAAGAGUUAUUCUGGUUUCCGUCUGAUUGUAAGAUCAAUAUAUGUUGCAGUUUUUUCAACACUAACCAUACAGUGAUUGUAAUGAUGACCAAGCUCUUUCUGACCACUCAGUGCCAAACUUGUGAUUUCUGCAGAUACUUCAUUUCAGCGUCAUUUGUUCCAGCCAUUCUCCGGAGUCAUGUAAAGAAACUUGAUUGUGGCAAGUUGUAAAUACAGAUCAGAAAAAAUGUGUGUCUUUGUAUGUUACUGUGACUGACUGAUGCGAUGGUGAGUGAUGCUAUGUUGAGUCAAGGAUAAUUAUUUAUUAUUAUUAUUAUUAUUAUUAAUAAUAAUAUUACUAUGCAGAAAGACAUAAUCUUUGACAUGUUUUUGGCUCACCAGAACAUUCAUUUU